GAGGGUUAUGGUGUGAUGGUGCUCAACCCCAAUGAGAACCACCUGGAGGUGGAGAGGCCGGCCAAGCCCACGCCCCUGCCCUCCCCCGAGGUCUCGGACGAACCCACCGAGAAGAGAGAGCGCAAGGUCGACCGGGAGAGCAAGAAGAAGAGGGACUUCUAUGAGAAGUACCGCAACCCGCAGAAGGAGGGAGAGACUGAACAGAUCCCCAUACGGGAAAACGGCUCCCCCGAGGAACACUUGCUGUACGUGUGGGACCACUUUGUGUCCAACGCCGCCGCCAGAAAUGUCUUCAUUGUGGCGCACAGCUACGGAGGCUUGUCAUUGGUGGAGCUGAUGAGUCAGAGAGAAGCUCAGGUAAAGGACAGGGUGUGUGCCGUGGCCAUGACCGACUCCGUCCACAACAUCUGGCACCAGGAUGCCAGCAAGAGCAUCCAGGAGUGGCUGCAGCAGCACUGCCGGAACUGGGUGUCAAGCCCCGAGCCCCUGGACACACCGGUGGAGCCCAUGCUACCAGACUGCCCUCGCCUCUCUGCAGGAAACACGUUGGCUGCCGUCAUCAGCCUCUCCUCCCAGCCUAACCAGCCUUUCAUCUUCUUCUUCCUCUGUACUAACUAG